AUGGCAGAACCUCAAGUAUCGCUUCCAGACGUUGAGCAGAUUAGUGACCGAGUGAUUAGAGUUCUUGGGGGUAACCCUAGCAAGUUCACGCUGCAAGGCACAAACACGUACAUAGUCGGUCGCGGCGCAUCACGACUGCUCAUUGAUACUGGUGAAGGCAAGCCGCAAUGGAUAGCCUCGAUCAAACAUCUCCUUUCACAGAGAAGCAUUACAAUUGACAAAGUUCUCUUGACGCACUGGCAUCACGAUCAUAUCGAAGGCGUCCCUGAUAUCCUCGAGCACUCUCCAAACACGACAGUCUACAAGAAUGACCCACACGAUGGCUGGCUACCCAUAAGCGACGGGCAGAAGUUUGAGACAGAAGGCGCGACCCUGCGCGCUUUCUUCUGUCCGGGGCAUACCACAGAUCACAUGGCAUUUGUGUUGGAGGAAGAAGACGCCAUGUUCACAGCGGACAAUGUAUUAGGACAGGGCACGGCGGUAUUCGAAGAUUUAUCAGCGUACAUGAAGAGCCUCGACGCCAUGUCGAGACAGUUCAGGGGUCGUGCAUAUCCUGGCCAUGGGCCUGUCAUCGAAGAUGGCCCAUCAAAGAUCACCGAAUAUAUCAAGCAUCGCAAGCAGCGUGAGAAACAGGUGCUAGACGUGCUAGCAGAGGACAACGGAGCUGGGAUGACUUCGAUGGACAUUGUGAAAGUGAUAUACAAGGACUAUCCAGAGAGUCUAUGGGAACCUGCAGAGAGGGGAAUACGACAGAUCCUUGAUAAGCUGAAGCUGGAAGGCAAGGUGGGCGGAGAUAUGUUGUGGGCCCUUAGUGGGAAAAGUAGCCUUUAG